UUACUUCAUAUAUAGACAACAAAUACAUACAUACAAAGAAACCCUUCAACAAUGGCGCCUAUGAGCCUUCCUCCUGGCUUCAGGUUUCAUCCGACGGACAAAGAGCUCGUCGCUUACUAUCUCUAUCGUAAAAUCAGCGGCCAAACCAUAGAGCUUGAAAUCAUCCCUGAGGUCGAUCUUUAUAAAUGUGAGCCAUGGGAAUUACCAGACAAGUCAUUAUUGCCGGGGAACGACAUGGAAUGGUACUUCUACAGCCCAAGAGAUAGGAAGUACCCAAACGGAUCAAGAACGAACCGGGCGACCAGAGCCGGUUACUGGAAAGCAACGGGCAAGGACCGGUCGGUUCAGUCGAAUAAGAGGGCGAUGGGGAUGAAGAAGACAUUGGUUUAUUAUAGGGGUAGGGCUCCACAUGGAAUCAGGACUAAUUGGGUCAUGCACGAAUACCGUCUCGUUGACCCUGCUUCUUCUUCUUCUUCCACCUUAAAGGAUUCAUAUGCGUUGUGUCGGGUCAUCAAGAAGAACAUACAAAUUCCGAAACGUGGAGAAGAGAACGUCGGAAAUGUUAAUCAUCGAGAAAACACGAGCAUGCGGAUAUCGGAUGAACGAUUCAAAAGAGACGAGAGGGACAACAUGACGAGUGGUGAGAAAGAACUAGAAGAAGAAGAAGAAGAUGAUGAUCAUCAUGAUAAAAUCGAAAAAGAGGACAACCUCAAAUUACCAUCGGAGACAUCGUUAUUUUCAGAAGACAGUAGUAAUCAAGCCUUUCUGUCGUCGGACGAAGCCAACAGUUCGGACAAUCUGUGCUCUCCCUCGUCAUUCCCCUUUGAUUUCUCCUCUAAUCUUUUUCAGGAUCUACAACUGCCAAAGCCGAUGUUGUCGAGUUAUCAGCUUCCGUACCCUCCGCUUGAAUUGGAGGAUUUCCCUGAGAUCUGUAUGAAUGAUGCAGCUGCAGAGAUCGAGAGAUCCAAGAAGGGAGACAAUAUAGGUGAUCUCAUGAUGCACGACAUCAACGGCAGAGAUUCUUCAAAUGGAACACUCGAAGAGAUCCUCUCUUUAUGUUUUUCUGGACACGUGGAUGGCCUCGACAGUUUCCUAUGAACAUUUUUUUCAUUGGCACGUGACAUUCUACUUCAAUUGAUUUGGCAGAAGAGAAUGAAUUGGGUGGAGGAUCAAAUAACCGAGGAUUUAUACAUGGGUUUAUUUUUUCAUACCACAACACACACACACACACCACACGAUGUUAAUGAUUUUUUUUUUUUUGGAGUUUUUAUUUGAGGUUUAUUUCGUGGAUGUUGCGUAGUGUACGAGGGGAAAUGGGAGUAACACAAACAUAUGAGUAUCAUCAUCAUCAUCAACAUCAUCAUCAUCUAAUCUCUUAGUAUAAUAUAGAUUCGUGAAGUGGGUUUCAUGGGUCUGAGUUGUAGCCCAAGU